AUGGUGCAGGUGGCUAGGAAAGUGUUGAAAAAAUCUAAAGAAGAUGGAGAGGAUCCCCAAAUAGCCCUGCUAGAAAUUAUAAAUACCCCGAUAAGGGAAGAAAUGGGUUCUCUGGUGCAGAUUCUCAAGGAGACUAGUGACGCUGUACAGCUGGUUGAAGCCAAAAAUAUUGAAGUAGGCAACAUCUCAACGGAAAGAAAAUCAAGAGAAAUGGCAGCCCCGGGGCAGGUGGAUGUUUCUCGAAUCAACCUAGCCUGCGAUGUCUUGGAUAAUGAGGGGGAAGAUGACGAUGUGGGCAGUGAAAUAAAGAUCCUACGAGGGCACUGUGGACCAGUGUAUGGCACAAAGUUUCUGUCGGAUAGUUCAGGCCUUCUCUCUUGUUCAGAAGAUGCAACAGUCCGCUACUGGAACCUGUGCAGUUUCACUAACACUGUUUUGUAUCAAGGACAUGCCUAUCCAGUCUGGGACAUUGAUAUUAGUCCCUUAAGCCUUUAUUUUGUAAGUGGAUCACAUGAUCGGACAGCUAGACUUUGGGCACUGGACCGAACAUACCCACUGCGCAUUUAUGCAGGUCACUUAGCAGAUGUAGACUGUGUCAAGUUUCAUCCCAACUCCAACUACAUUGCCACAGGUUCAACAGAUAAAACUGUAAGAUUAUGGAGUACGCAGCAAGGAAGUACUGUACGUCUCUUCACAGGACAUCGUGGCCCUGUACUCUCAUUGGCCUUUUCACCCAAUGGAAAAUACUUGGCUUCAGCAGGUGAAGACCAGCGACUGAAGAUAUGGGACCUUGCAUCAGGCUCCUUAUUUAAAGAGUUACGAGGACACACUGACAAUGUAACUAGCUUGGCAUUCAGUCCUGAUAGUAGUUUGGUAGCUUCUGCAUCUAUUGACAAUUCAGUUCGUAUUUGGGAUAUUCGGAAUACUUACUCCAAUUCAUCCCUGGAUGGCUCUUCCAGUGAGCUGGUGGGUAUAUAUACAGGACAGACCAGUAACCUUCUGAAUGUGCAGUUUAUGUCUUGCAAUCUGGUUUUAGUUACUGGAGUUGCACAAGAAAAGAAAGAACAAUAAACAUAAGUGAACAACA